AUGGCCGGAGAAAAACCCUCCGCCACCACCUCCGAUCACCUUUUCUCCAUUCUCGAUCCUAAAUCUCUCAUCCUUUCACAAUUCAGAGACACCAAAAACCCUAAUUUCUUACAUCUCACUACCGACAGUUUCAUCAUGGAGAGAGGACCCAGAUACGAAGCUUACGCCGAUCUUCGAGAAUCAAAGCUCAGGUUGAAAUCCAUGGCUAGCUCACCUCAACGACCACCUAAAGAUCAUCGUUCUGGAAAUAUCUCCACCACGCCGGAAACUCAACUGAAAGCUCCGGCAAAGCGGCGGAAAGGGUCGUCUAUUUUGACACAAUCUGUUCCGGACUUUUCGUCUGCAUUGAGGAAAGAGAACAGGAAGCCGGCACUUCCACCGGUGGCAGAGAAAUCUGCAACACCACCGGCUAAGAGUUCUUCGAGAUUAUAUGAGAUUAAUGCGAAGUUGAUAGGGAGUAAGUCGUCUGUUUCCGGCGAGAAGAGCGGCCGUGGGAUGUUGACGGCGAGAAAAAGCUACGCAAACAUGGAUGAAUUGAAGAAAUUUUCCUUGGCAGCGGCAAACGCCAUUAAUGGCGAAAACAAGGGCGGGAGGAUCACCGGAAACAGGGGCGGAGGAAGGACUACUGUGCUGGGGAGUAGACAGUUUAAUUGA